UCCUUCGCUCCAACAUGGCGGACGCGGAUGAAAUCGCCCGGUUGUGCUACGCGCGUCUGGAGGCGCUGCCCCGCAGAGGGAGGCCCGAGGCCGGCAGGGAGUGGAGCCUGCUGGCCGCGGUGCUCCAGACUGACUCAGGUUCGACUGAGGAGGAGAAACACGCUCCACAGGAAACUCCUCUGUUCUCAUUUAAUAUGUUCCAAUCCCAUUCUUCUCUGGAGGAUCAGUAAAGUCCUGAAGGUCCAUAAAACUGAUCUGAUCUCAAAUCAGCAACAAUUAAGACGGAGGUCGUUUCCCUGGGAACUGGAACCAAAUGUAUUGGACAGUCACACAUGAGUCCUCAUGGUGAUGUCCUCAACGACAGUCAUGCAGAAGUCAUUGCCAGGAGAGGAUGUAUCAGAUACCUGCUCCAGCAGCUGCACAGGGCUGUGAGCGGAGGCCACAGCUCUGUGUUUUGUCCGUCGGAGGAGCAGGGGAAGUGGAGGCUUCAGCCGGGAGUUUCCUUCCUCUUCUUUACCAGUCACACUCCCUGUGGUGACGCGUCCAUCAUCCCCAUGACUGACAGCCCGUCUCAGCCCCGCCCCCCUGUCGCCUCUGUAAAGGGUCGUGAAGGGACGGGAGCAGGAGGAAGUAUGAAAAGGAAAUCUGAGGUUCCAAGCGAAGGGCCACUCACCAAGCUGGCUCGUGUGGACGAACAGGAGACGGCAGAGACGAGGACAGAGGACAGAGGAGACACAAAAACAUCAUUCCCCUCAAAUUCAUCUAAAAGUGAAGGUUACUCUCAGACUCAAGCCACAGAAACUGUCUCACAUGCUUCAGCACAGCUGGAGAGAACAAGCAGAGACCCCCCUGACAGCGCUGGACUGAGUGGUCGGGUCCCUGACGUUCACAGAACGGGGGCCAAGUGUGUCCCUGGGGGGGCAGCCGACCCUCUGCAGCCCGGGACGGGGUACCACAGCACAGGGGUGCUGCGGGUGAAGCCGGGUCGAGGUGAACCGACUCUCUCCCUGUCCUGUACUGACAAGCUGUCCCGUUGGGCAGUGCUGGGCUUCCAGGGUGCUCUGCUGUCCCAUUACCUCCAGGAGGCGCUGUACUUCAGCACGGUGGUGGUGGGGAAGUGCCCGUACAGCAAAGAGGUCAUGCACAGAGCUUUGGUGACAAGGUGUUCCCAUGUGACCGACCUCCCUGCAGGUUUCUCUGUGAGUCCACCAGAGCUGCUCCAGUCCAGCCUGGAGUUCCGCUUCAGCCAGGCCCAGACCGAGCUGCAGCACCGGGCCACACAGGGACGCAUCUCCCCCUGUGGGGCAGCCAUCAGUUGGUGUAAUGUGACUGAACAGCCAGUAGAUGUCACUGCCAACGGCUACAAGCACGGAGUCACAAAGAAGGUGUUGGGCACAGCGAAGUCCAGGUCUCUUCUGUGUAAACUGGAACUGUUCCACUCGUUCCUGUCUCUGGUUUCAGCCACGGAGCCGUCAGCACGUCCCAGAUCCCUCAGGAGCAGCGAGCUUCGGACCUACUGGGACUACAAGCAGGCGUCCAGCUCGUACCAGCAGGCCUGGGAGCAGCUGCACAGCCAGGCCUUCCCUCUGUGGCCGCGCAGCGACAGGAAGCUGCUUCUCUUCCACUGAGAUCCCUCCAGCCUCUGCUGCUCCGGCCCACGGAGCUCUGGCUUUACGGUCGCAUCAGAAUCUUCUUCAUCAUGUGACACUUUGUGUUGAUUUCCUGACAGCUGGUGGGUCGAAGUUGGAGCUGUGGAUAAAUAUUGUUUGGUUUUGUGCGUCUCUCUCCGUCACCCGGGAAGUCGCUGCUGGCCGCCGCGGUCCCGCUGUCCUCAGAGGUCGAUGACCUUUGUUCUCUGUCCUCAGACGACUGCUUUGUUUUCAUUGUGUGUGUAACGUGUUGUGACUGCAGCUGAAAAUCAGUUUCCUCUGAUUCCACGUUAGAAUAAACUCCUUCCCUCCGACAAACUGAGGAUCUGUUGUGUUACAGCUUCAGCUCAGCAGAUUGUCGCUGGUUGUGAUCAGGAUGCUUGACAUUGUGUAUUUAAUGCUUUAAAAUCAGCUGCAGUCUUUACAUUUAUGAUUUAUGUUUUCAUCUUUAAUACAAACAUGACUACAUCUUGUAGAAUGAUGUGGUCAAAGAAGAAAUCGUUGGGGCAGGUCCAGGAUGUUUUAAUGAUAGAUGUUUCAAACCCCAACCCACUGCUUUAAGUUGCUUUAAGUUGGGUUUGAACUGGUUUGAACUGGGUGUGAACUGGGUGUGAACUGUGGUUGUCAGGUUAAUGUUGAUCAGCGCAACAGGAAAUGAAACGUGAUUGGCAGAAACGUACAUCGUGUUAAAUGUGUCCUAACGUGCGAUACAAUAGAAAAAUGCAGCUCUGCUCUACAGCACUACUAGUGGUCAAAACCUGCACAUGGUCCCUUUAAUUUUGACCAAAUGUAAAAAGUAAAAAUAAAAAUGUUGGAACAUCAGAUUCA